GUCAUCGCUCCCUGUAACCGGAACGUUUGAUUUGUCGUCUGCGUGGAUUGUUGACACCGCAAAAAGGGAAUGGAUUGUUGCGCAAUUUGCUAAAGGAAAUGUAGCAAAUAAAAGUAAUAUGGAGAGUGUAAGCAAACUUGUGAGACAUUUUGAAGAGGGCUGUCUGUCUACAGCGGCUUUAGAAGAUAUCAACAAAGAUCAUAUUUCAAAAGCAAUAAAGGAGCUGCAGUUCUAUAUUGUUAGACUGGAUGAUGACCUUUUACAGCUACAAGAUUUUUUAAGUUCGUUACAGUACUUGGUGAAACACAACAAUAGCUGCUAUGUCCAUCUGUUUGAUCAAGGUCUACUUAGUUUGAUGAAAGUGGUUUUUCAGCAAGUCCUCAGGAAAUUAUUGCGAGAUGGUCUUUCACAAAACCUGCAGUAUAUUAUUGAACUGUGCACAGAGACAUCUAAUGUCCUUGCAGAUAUAAACACAAAGGCAAAAUCAAGUGUUGUUCUUGAGUUAUGUCCACAUUUCCUGGAUCUUCUACAAGUGCAGUUGCUGGGUUUCCAAACAAGGUUAGAGGUUCUGAAAUCAACAAAUACAUUAUUGGAACAAUGUCCAACCACGGUGAAAGAAAUUCUGCUGAACAGGGAAGACAAUGAGGAAAAAAUAUUUGGCCUGGUUGAUUUGGUGAAGACUGUAGGAGAUUAUGAGUUUCAAGUGGGAGUAAUUGAGUGUUUGAUGCGAAUGUUUCCCAGGAAGAGAAGGCAUCAUUUCGCUUCCAAGUUCUUCUCAGAUCAGGACAUGCUGGAUGGUUUUAUGGUCAUUAAAGAUAAGGAUUUUGAAAUAGAUUGCAGGCGUUUUCUGAACUCUGUAAAUGCACAGUCAGAGGAUCCAAACAAAGGAGUUUUUUCCCUUCCUUGUGUUAGAGCUUUGGUUGGAAAUAAACAGCUGAGGAAACCAUCUGAUGCUGGCUAUGAAGAGUUCUGGGUGGAUUUCAACAUUGGCAGUGAGAGACUUACACUCUUCUGUGAACAGGACAGUCUAUAUAGUCAGGGUACUCAAAUAGACGAAGAGCUGUGGGAAACUGUUGCUAUUUAUAAAACAGAUGUACUCCAGUGUGCCUGUCAUGAACUAGAUGGGUUGAUUGAGCUGGAAAUAUGUUUGAAAAGUCCAGUCUGUGAUAUCUAUCCGAGUCAACACCAGGAUGUUACUGAUAACAAGAUCAAAGUAUAUUUCCUGCCAGAGUUGGAGGACCAUAUAGCACAUGCAGUAGGAUUCACAUUCGACUUUAGUGAGAAAAAAAGUAAAGUGUCAACAGUUAAAACACCGCUGCAAAUUUCGAUGAAAGAUGUUGAGGAUGCUGACUCCAAGACAGAAAUGAACUAUCCUGUUCAAAACCCAGUGAUGCCCUCACCAGCACAAACAGGCAGUCAGGAAUCUGUAUCUAGGAGACGUAAAGUGUCUGUACCAUCUAUACCAAUGCAGAUACCUAUUGCAUCACCAGCUGUCUCAGUCAGUAACUUUGAUCAACAAAAGCCUUUGAAUGAUACAAUACCUGAGACUCAAAAUUUGGAACCAGUUGUCCUUAGACCAGACGUUCAUUCCAAAGCUUCUUCUAGCAUCCACCAUAUUGUUAAAACAAAACAGGACAGUAUGAUAACAUCAAAAGAAAGUACUAGAGAUUUUGCAGUUCCCAAAACACCUGUCAAGAAAACAAGAUCAAAGACAAAGGUGAAAACUCCUGUUGUUACUGUUACUCCUCCAACUAGAAAGACGAGGAAACAAGUUGCACAGUGCAGUGCUGCUGCAAAUGAAAAAGAAAAUGUAAGCAGACGUACUGUAGAAGAUGAAAUUGAACAGCAGGAUAUGGUGAUUCCAGACUCAUUACCCUUCACUGAAGACAGCCAGUGUAAAGUAGAUACAGCUAGAUCAGUCAAAGCAAGUGUUUCAAAUGAGAAAGGAUUGGAUGACAGUGGUAUUGGAGUUGAUGAGUCCAGAUCCACUAUUGUAUGUGAUGCACUAGACACAUCAAGAGACAGCAAGCUUCUUCAGACAGAUGCAGAAGAUGGCAGAUCUGCAAGUUUUGUAGAGGAAAAGUGUGAUACAAAGAAACUUCAGAGACUUAAAGGAAGGGCUAGGAAAUAUGCAGAAUCUAAACAAACUUUAAACAAGCCAGUUGUAAAAAAAAAACUGGAUAUAAAUGAUUUAGGACAUAAUGAACAUAGUUAUAGGGUUUUAAAGCCUUUGGAAGAAGAGAGUGAAGAUGAAACAACCAUUGAAGAAGAGAAAAAAGAUAACAAAAAUAAUAGCACAAAUGCAAAAGAAACAAACGUUGGUUUUAAUUCUCUUUGUAUGGAUGAAGUGGUGGAUAGUAUCCCUGAUAGUUUAGAAAAUCCAGUGUUACCUUAUACACCACCAAAUCGAGAAGAGACAAGUGAAUCUAAGGCUAAUUUGAAAAGCAAGAAGCAGAAAAAAUCCAAAAACAUUAAAAUUUCAGAUAAAACAGACACAAAGAAAAUGGAUGACAAGGACAAGCAGAGCAUUUCUGCUUUUGAUGAAGAUGUUGCUGAUUCAGGUUCGGAGAAUAAGGAAAAUGCUGUAAAGAGUGGUGUGAGAAGAAGUGAAAUUAAGAGAAAGGAGAGUUUUACAGAUAUUGAUAAAUCUUUAAAAGAAUUGCAUGAUCUAGAUAAUAAGGAACACAGGUCUGAAGUGAUUGAAGUAGAAACAGAUGCAAAAAGUGGAAGAUUAGAGUCACAGUCUGGUAGAAAGAAUGAAAAUUUAGGUGAUUUGUACACCUUUUCAGACCCAGAUCCUGACUUUGGUAAGCCAGAAUUAGCAAAGAAUAAAAAGACUUUAAAUCUGAAUAAAAAUAAUAAAAGAUCAAAGAUGAACAGCAAAUGUGAUACAGGAAAUCAUAAAGUCAGUGAAAAGGGAAAUAUGGAAGAAUCUGACAGACCUAAACAGGGUAAAGGUUCUACUAUUCAUGAUAAAACACUAAAGCUGAAUGAUGAUGAAAGAGAGAAAAUUGAAAAACUAGACAGACCUAAGCAGGGCAAAUGUAAUAGUAAUCUUGAUGAAACCAUAAACCUGAAGGAUGAUGAAAGAGGGAAAAUUGAAAAACUAGACAGACCUAAGCAGGGCAAAUGUAAUGAUAAUCUUGAUGAAACCAUAAACCCGAAUGAUGAUAUAAGGGGGAAAAUUGAAAAAUCCAGCAGAUCUAAGCAGGGUAAAAAACAUGCAAACAUUCAGAAUGAAAGAAUAAAACAAACAGUUGGUAAAGGAAAGAUGACUGAAAAGCCAGACAGGCCUAAACAAGGUAAAAAUGUUUGUUUUGGAGAUGAAACAGUAGACAAGAACUAUAAGAAAAAUGAUAAUGUAGAAAAAUCAGACAGACAUAAACAAAGUGAGAAAAAUACCAGCAGGCAUAAUGAAGAAACAAAACAAAAAGAUAGCGAAAAGGGGAGAAUUGGAAAAACAGAUAAACCUAAAAGGGGAAAAGAUGUUACAUGCAAUGAUUUAAAUCAAGUCAGUAAAAUUAAGAUUGAUAAUGCCACAGAAAGUAGAAGGAGUUUGAGAAGAAGGGGAAAUCAGACAUAUAAAGAAGUUGAGAAUAUUGAAGCUGAAGAAAUUUCUUCACCGUCUUCUAGUAAUGAGAGCAAGGAAAGUUCAGUCCAGUCUGGGUCACCCUUAUCAGACCAUACACCAACAGAGAAGAGUCUCACAAAGAAAACUCCAGAGAAUAGUCCCAGCAAGUGUUACGUGAAUGAACAGAAAAUAAAAUCAAGUCUGAAGAAGAGUAAAAACUCUUCGGAUUCUGUAAAAGAGAAAGAUGCAAAUAAAAGAAAAUCCAGAGUUUCAUUUGAUUUGCCAAAUAGUGAAUCACAAGACAAUCAGCCUUUUGCUGUGCAAGGUACGAAAUAUGUAAAUGAAACUGUAGAAUCAAUAGAUGAUAUUUCUGAAAUAAUUGAAAAUGAUGAACUUGAUAUAAGAAGUCCAGAAACAUCGGAUGAACUGUUCAAGGUAGAGACAACAGAGAUAGAAGGGAAAAUUGAUUAUGGAAGAGAAGAUAACACAAAAAGUAAUAAAAUUGCAGCUGAAGGAAAAUGGAACAAUAAGCAGAGCACUAGAAGCUGUAAACAAACUAAAGAAAGAGAAAAUUCAGCUGAUGAAAAAUAUGUUGCUAGUAAAAUUAUCCAUCCUGUCUCUUCCUCAUUUUCCAGCUCUGAAUCAUCUGAUUCUCUGUAUAUAGAAAGUGAUGAUAGUUACAAUGCUAGACGUUACAAAAUGGAAAAUGGCUGCUGGAAUACAUACAAACGCAAAAGGAGGUCAUCUUUGAAAACAAGGAGCAAAGAUUUCUCUUCAGAAACAAAGAAAAAUAGUUCAUUUAACACUUAUAAUGAAAAAAAAUGUGAUAGUUUUCAGACUUUAUCAAAAGAACGAGAAAACAAAAAUGAUGAGGAUUUCAGUAAUGAUAUUGCUACAGAUAAAGAAAAAUCUAAGAAAACUGCAAGAAAACCAAAGGGUCCAAGGAAGGGUUCUGAAAAUAAUGUUAUAGCUGAGACUGAAACAUGGGAGGUUGUUGAAAAAAAAUCUAACCAAAAAAGAACUGCUCAGAGCAGUGCUAAUGGUAACACACAUAGAAAGUCAAGAUUAGAUAGAUCAGAGAUGAAAAUUGAAAAUGGUGAGGCUGGUUUUGAAAGUAAUAACCAGCAUGAAAUAUUGAAUAAAAAUGAGAAAUUGUCUAUGCAUAGUGAUGAAAAAAUGGUUGUUGAAGAAGAGAUUAAUUCACCAGAUAAAGAAAUUUUCAGAAAGGAGUCUGGAAAUUUAGGUAAAAAGUUAAAUGGUAACAGGGAAGAAAAUGAAAUACAGUUUGAUGAUAUAGUUAAUGUAUCUCAAUUGGCUGUUAUACCUUUUAAUGGUUCUGAAGACUUGGAUGAAGAGGAAUUACAGGAAAAGGUAAAAGAUAAGAAAAGGAGAAGUAAAGAUAAGAAGAAAGGAAAGAAUUCGACAUACACAAUGAAGAACAGUUUUGAAAGGAUGGAUUGUGAUGAUAGCUAUGCUGUAUCUAAACAAAGCAUUCACACAGUAUCCAGCGCAAAAGGCAAAAGUAUGGUGUUCCAGAUGUCAUAUUUAAAGUCACAGUCAAAUAGUUUGAAUAAAAAGAAAAGUGAGAAACCAUAUGCAAAAGAACAUGCAUAUGAUCCAUAUGACUUUGAUGCACAAUGUGAAAAUGCCUCGAUGGCUUCAGAGAGAAUAGGUAGAAAAGACAUAUCAAAAGAAUUAAACAGUAAACAUCUAAAAUCAACUGAAAAAAAUAGUUCAAAGUUAAAAGAGUGUAAAGUUAAAGUAGAGAAGUUAAAAGGCUCACCUAUGGAUGCUCAAGAAAGUUUUUCACAGGAUUAUGAAAUUAUUUUGAAAAGUAGGAAUCUUUCCUCAGAAAAAAUGGAACAUUCAUUUUUGAAAAGCAAGGAAAAUAAGCAGUCUCGUAAGACCAAUAAGAAGUACAAAGAUAGAACAUCAAGAACUGAAAUGACAUUAAAUGAGGACAAAAGUCUGCAAGCAAAUAGUUUAAUGGAAAAUAGCUCAGAAGAAAUGGUCAUAGAUCUUGAAGAUGAAAGUGACCAAAAGCAGUCUAAAUCUAAAAAGACAAAUCUUGUUCAGGAUAAGAAAACAAAAAGAUGGUACAGAACUGAAACUGAAAAAUGCCAACAGACUGAUAGUAACAGCAGAAAAGAAAACAAUAGACCCAGAGUCGAAAAGGAAAAGAAAAGUAGAACAGAUUUUCCUUCGUUAGAUUCGUUUAAUAAGAGUAUGGUUAACCAGGUAUCUUGUAAGGAAGAUGACACAGUUAUAAUUGAUUCCUCCUUUGAAGAAAACAACAUCAGUCAAUUCAGCAAAAUUCUCAAGGAAAUAAGUGUUGGUAGAGGAAAGUUUGAUCAGGAUUUCAAUAUAUCUGUCAAUGAUGACUUUGAGGAUGACACUACAGAAAUGAAGACCCCAUGCAUAAUAGGAUCUAUAUCAAGUACACCAAAAGUUGGGUCCGGAAAGAGAAAACACUACAAACCUCUCAACAUCAGUGUAAUAAAGACACCUCAGUCUUGUAAAAUAACAGAUUCAGAUAGUGGUGGAGACUCUCAGACAGGGAAAUGCAAAGUGAGUAAGAGAAAAUCAAGAAAGAAAAAAGUUGUGAAAUACAAGGAAGAUUCUGAGAGUGACAGUGAAGAUGAAAGGAGUGAGUGCAAGUCCAGAAUGAGCACAGAAUCUAUUUCUGUGUUGGACACCAGUCAAAACAUAUCAAAUAGAAGUGAGAAGAGUUGGAUUCUGGAACGGAAGAAGACACCAAAACUUAAGAAAUCUUCUAAGACUUACAAAGUCAAAAAGAAGAUGAAAAACAGCCCAGAACAGAACCUUGAGGAUAGUGCUCAGAGUGAAGAUUUAUCAGAUGAAGAGCAAAGUGAACAAGAAAAUAAUGAUAAAUUACAGAAGAUGAAAGAAUAUUUGCUGCCAGUGGGCAGCCCUUUAACAAUUCCCAGCUUGUCAUUGAAUACACCAGCAGUGACACCCAGCAUCAGGUCGUUGAAAAGUUAUGAAGAUGCAGAAGAUUAUAUUCUUACCCCACCAUCACCUAAGAAACACAGCAGAAAGAGAGAGGAUUAUGAUGAUAUUGAGGUAGAACAAACCCAGGAGAACUGCACAAUAUCUCUUAAUGUGAGCUGUCAGGAUAGUGAUGGAGGUGAUAGUAGUUUUGAAGACGUGGACAGCCAUACAGGUCUUAGUGCCAUAACUCCUCACAGACUAAUUCAGAGUGCAGAGAGCAGUGAUGGUGAAGAGAGGUCAAUGCAUAAAUUGUUACAGAGAAAUAUGAAACUCCUUCUUGGCGACAGUGGCUUUGCUUCAGGUCCAUCAUCAGAAGUAAGGCCAACAAGAUCAGCUUUGAAGAGAAAGUUUCCGGAUAUAGAAGAGACUAGCAAUAUUGUGUCUUCAAGCAGUUCCCAGAUGGAGUCAGAUGAUGAAAUGGAGAAAUCAAUAUUUAUUCCAAAGAAAUUGUUUAAAUUUGAUCCAGCAGUGAACACUCCACAAGCUCCCAGUUUGUACAGUGAUGUCACAGAAGAGCAUGAGGCAGACUUUGGUUUCCAGUCUGGGCUGUCAACAGUCAUGGCUGCAUUUGGAGCUGAUAUACAGCAUCAUCUGAAAAGUAAAAAGCAAAAGAUUGAACGAUUCACCAAGGACACACUGAAAGAAACGCAGAAGCAUUUCCACCAAACAGUAGUAGAGCAGCAACAGUAUUUGUCCAAUUUGAAGGAUGAUUUUGGAGCUAGAAUGUUAUUAGAACUGACAGCUCUUGAAAAGGACAUACAAAGACUAAACGAUGCAGAAAAGAACAUGGAGGAAUUUUUCAAGUGUCAAUUAGAUGUACUCAGAAACAAUGAAGAGUCACAGGGGAAAAGACUAAACAAUAUGAAGAAGUUGCAGUCCUGUUUCCUUGACAAGUCAAAGAAAGUAAAAAAUUACAACUUAAAUGUACAUAAAAAUAUGCAAGAACAGUUGAGGAAGGAUAUGGCAGCUUUGCAACGAAAACUGAUUGCUGAAACACAAAGACAGGAAUUCAUGGAUGUGAAGAUGAAGCUACAGAAACUUUUUAACUGAACAACCUGAAAUUUGUGCAUUAAAAUCUGCUGAGACAGUAUCAUGGAUAAAUUUUAUUGACUUUUUAGUUAGUUUUUGUUUUAUAGCAUAGUUGCGAAAUUGUGAAAAUGAUGUGCUUGAAGGGCUUUUUGACAAAUGACAAAGGGUUAUGCAUUUUUUUCAAAACAGCUGUUUGUAUGUGAAAUUUGUGGAAGUGAUGUUCUAGAAGCACUUUUUUCUCAGUCUAUACAGUCAGAAAGUUACUUUAAUCUGACACUGAAGAGAAAGAUAAGAAAAAUGUUCUACAGACUAGGUCCUUUUAUCCCAGCAGCACUAACUUGUAGCAACUUUCAGGCGCUAUUCUCCAAAUAUGUAGAUGUUGUUGUGGGUGUAUGCAAUGCACCCAUUUUAGCAUCAAGUCACCCUGAACAACAUUUACACAUUGUCAUGAAUAGUACAAUAAGUAUCUGGAAAGAUAUGAACUGUUUCUCACUGAUGGAAGGGCAUAACAGUGUGCUAUUUGGCAUUAAAUAUUUCUUACAUUGAAGAAAUGUACUAGACUGGCAUACCAUCUCCUUUUGCAUUUGGACUUGUAAAAUUUAGCAUGUAAUCUACUAGUGACAUACAAAAUUGAAACAAAUUCUGUUGCUAUCUAGUAUUACUGCAAUAUAUAUUUUAUACAGCUAUAAGAUUUUUAAAUGCUUUUAUUUAUCAAAAUUUUAUAUGAUUUAAAGUAUAUUUUUGCUUUACUUGGGGCAAAAUUUAUACACUUACUAUGUGAUUCCUCUGCUGUGAUAUUAAGUUUAAUGUUUAUUUAAGCUCCUGUAUGUUGGUAUCAGAAAUAUUUCAGGUUUUUUUUUUGUACUUUAAGGAAUGGAUAAAUGGACUGUGUUACUGAAAACUACAUGAAUGCAGCAGUUUCAUAACAGGCUUUUCAUUUCUUUAAAAAGAUAGCAAUAGGCUAGUAUUACAAAAAAAGCAUUGCUUAGGGAAGUAAACAGUAGCAGAAAAAAAGGAAAUGUAUAUAGGGUUAAAAGGUAUGCCUGUAACUGGUCCUACCAGGAAAAUAAUGCCAAUUUAUGUUUAAAGUUUUUACUUUUAUUGUAUAUCAAUUGUAUUCUGAAUGAAGAUGUUAUUAUCUAUAUAUUACAAGAUCUGUAGAGAAUUUGUUAAUUUACAACAAUGUUGACUGUUUUAUGGAAAAAAUAAAAUGUUUAUGAAAAAUGU